AUGGUCCGAAUUAAAGAAAGGUAUAUUCUUGUAAAUAUAGUAUAUCCACCCGACGCGUCAAAACAACAGGCAACUAAUGUUCCGGACUUUGUGGUCAUGCAUCAACCCACUACGGGGCAGCUCACACCUCAGUCUCUACUGAAGGCGAUACGAGGUGAAGUCGCUACAUUAUUUGGCGAUUACGGCUCUGGAGCUAUAGAAGGGAACUUAUCUGUCAAAUAUCUUUCUCCAGCAACCUCAACUUUCAUAUUGAAAGUGAAGAGAGCGCAUUAUCGCCUUGUUUGGGCCGCCCUCACUUUCAUGGACCGCGUUCCCCUUCGGAAUGGGGACGGCAAACCAUGCAUGUUUAGAGUUAUUCGAGUCAGCGGUACCAUCCGGAAGGCAGAGGAAGAGGCUAUUAGACAAGCGAGACAACUGGUCCUUGCUGCCAAAGACUCUGUUGCAGUUGCUAGUGGUGCCUUACCCAUGUUCUCGGAGGCCAAGACCCAAGCCGAAGAUGCUAUAAUGUUCGACGCAUCAGACGUUUCCGACGAAGAAAUGGAUGAAGAAGACGGCUGA